UUGGAGAGGUCUCUUCUGGCGUUAUUGUGCCGGUGAAUAGUCGUUGUGCCAGCGGUUGUGAUGGGCAGCUGGGUUGUGUCCAGUUAGUGUACGGGAAGCAACUUGAACGUUCAUCUGUCCGGCGGAACUGUCCUCGUAGGUGUCAGAAGACGAUGUAUGUGUUGGCGACUGUGCUGGGAGCUUUACUGCUCACGAUACUUUUACGGCGCUUCAAGAGCAGGCGUAUGUGUCUUGAUCCCAAAAGACUUGAUAAUAAAACCGUCCUUAUAACCGGUGGGAUAUCGGGGAUUGGUAAAGAGACCGCUAUAGCCCUGGCAAAGCGAGGAGCCCGUGUCAUCAUCACCAGCGACGAUGAGCAGAAAGGGGAGGAAGCUCUGCGACACAUCAAGAGGGAGAGUACCAGCGUGAAUGUACGGUUCCUGCCUCUAAAUAUGGCAAAUCUGCAAAACAUCCGAGAUUUCUGCAAAGAGUUCCUCAAAAGCGAGAAGAGGCUAGAUAUCCUCAUCAACAAUGAAGGAGUUCCAGCGGUGUUAGACUGGACAGAGAAUGACUUCAGUAUGUGUUUUGGUGUUAACCACCUGGGACCAUUCCUUCUUACCAACCUUUUGCUGGAACGCCUUAUCAGUUGUACUCCUAGCCGCGUUAUAACGGUCACCUCCAAUGUUCACAAGUAUCAGAAACUGGAUUUCGCCGAUUUAAACUAUAAUAUAGUUCCUCUUUUCACAUAUUGUCGCAGCAAGCUGGCAAAUGUUUAUUUCACUCAGGAGCUGGCCCAACAAGCUGGGAGACAUGGAGUCACAGCAUGUGCUGUUCAUCCAGGUUAUGUUGUUGGCAGCUGGACAUCCCAGUUUUCCAUCCUCUUCCGGAUAGUGAUGUACGUCUUCACUUCAAUGUUUUUCAUUUCCUGCGAGGAUGGUGCUCAGACUGUCAUAUAUUGCGCAGUGUCAGAUGACAUUCUCCAGCACAAUGGAGGCUACUUCUCAGACUGCAAGCCGUGCAAAUUGCGCCCGCAUGUUCAGGAUGCGGGCAUUGCCAAAAAACUGUGGGAGGCAAGCGAGACUAUGGUUGGUCUUACCUCUUCCCCAAGAGACCACUUAGCAACAAGAACAAAGUAGACGGUAGUUUUGUUUAUUUGCAACAGUUGGACUACAGUAUCAAAUAUAUCCGUGCUGUCAAUACUAAAUUAGUUUGACAUUAUCACUGCAUGAAAUUGAUUUGCAUUCACUUCAAAGCUACAUUUUCACUGCCUAGCUCCUAGGAUAAGGUCCCGUAGUAAAGUUUAACUAUAUAUAUAUAUAUGUUCUCCUUUUCAAACACGGCUGACUGACUGGACAGGGGCCAAUAUGUAAACUAAGUUUUCAGCAAUUGACUUGCCCUGGUAAAAUCACGUUUGUAUAAUUUAAUUUGUUUCAUUGUUUGUGUUUUUGCCAUUUCCCUCUCUUUAACUCUCACUACCAGAGCAUAUUUCAGUUUGCAAGGACAGGUUUUAGUAUAUUGUCAACUUUUAAUUUAUGUUUUUGGAACAGUACCUUUAAUUCAUUAAACAGCUUGAAUUUUACACAUCAAAGCAGCUCAGUUUUCCAAAAAUAUACUUCUUAAAUGGUGUAUUAUGUGACAAGAUAGCUCAUCAUUGUAUAAAGUUGCUUGGCUUUUUGAAGAGAUACAAUAAGUUGUUUACGGGAUAGAAGUACCCCCGGUAAACAGAAUAACACCAGCAAGACAUGCAUUUCCUAAAAGCAGACAAAUUAAGGUUUCAGAAUUACCAGGUGAAUGGUCCUCUGAAUGAAGAACCAUUGAUUUUGAAAGUUUGUAUAUAUAUCAAGAGAUAUUUGCAGGUAUCACACCUGUUCUUUAAUGUUAUGCAGGUAAUAACAUGUAUGUUUUUGAUCGUGAAAUUGUAAAAUGAUUGUUCUUUCAUGUGUGUGGUUGCAUGUUGUAUAUCACAGUUCUGUUUUAUUUAUUCAUGUUUGCUUGACACGUGGCUUCCUUGCUGAAUGUAUAUUGGGCACAUUAAAUGCAAGCAAACCAUA